UGCGGGGCCUCCUGGGGGUUCCGCUGUGUCCCACCACACAUCCCCUCCCUCCUGGGGGCCCUUCUGUCCCUCAGGGGUGGGGGAGGGCAGCGAUAACCCCAAUUUGGCAGCUCGGCCGCCGGGUACCAGGGCUGUGCUUCCAUCCCGGGCGCUCACGUUCCGCGGAGCCAAAUCCCCCGGGAGCAGCGGGGGGGAGGACGCUCCCAUUAUCCGGCUCCUGCCGUGGCGGAGGCAGCUGGACCAGCCGUGCAUUAAUAGAUUACACAGAGGAUUUGGACUCGCCAACAUCCAGGGAAGCGCUCUCGGGAGGGACACGGGCAAGGCCAGGGCGGCUUCCCGAGCCCGCGGCGACGGACACGGCCCCGCUCCCAUCCCGCUGACUCCUUCCCCGGCACAGUCCCACAGGGCCCCUGGAUCCAACCAUGGACGAGUGGGACCUCCCACAGUGGAAGAAGGAGGUGGAAAGCCUCAAGUACCAGCUGGCCUACAAGAGGGAGAUGUCCUCCAAGACAAUACCUGAGUUUGUGAAGUGGAUCGAGGAUGGCAUUCCCGAGGAUCCCUUCUUGAACCCGGAGCUGAUGAAAAACAACCCCUGGGUGGAGAAAGGCAAAUGCACCAUCCUCUGAGGGGUCCCCCCUCUGCUCCCCCUGCUGAAUGUACUUUUUUUAUUAGUUAGUUCCAAUAUGAGAACCUGAACAAAACCCUGCCCUCAGCUGUCUCCUUCUUUUUAGUAGUAGAAGUGGUUUUAUAUCUGGGGGGGACACGGGGGGCAGAGUGGGGGGGGGCAGGAGCAGCAAAGGUUUCUCUGGGGUUUUGCUGCAGCUUCAUCUCAGACCUCACCCAGCUCUGCCAUCAAACAGCAACAUUUUGCAACUUGUAAAGAAAAUUUUUAUAAAGAAACCCUCAUUUUCAGUGGUUUUAAAUACUUUUGUAUACUGUAGGAUAUCUCAUUUUGCAGCAAAACAGGCAUAAUAUGACAACUAAAGGUUUAUUAAUAAACAGAAAAAUACUCCAUUA